AGACAUGCUGACUUUGGGUUGUCGGGGAAGCGUGCCUGCCCCUCCGGAGCACGAUGGCCAUGUGGAGUCUGCUUCUCUGGGAAGCUCUGCUUCCCAUAGCUGUUACUGGUGCCAACAUCCAGGGACAGGUGGGGGGCUCCGUGCUGCUGGUGGCAAAGCAACCCCCCGGGUUCCAAGUCCGUGAUGUCAUCUGGAGAUCUCUCUGGCCUUCGGAGGAGCUCCUGGCCACGUUUUUCCAGAACUCCUCAGAGACUCUGUACCACUCCCGCUUCCUGGGCCGAGCCCAGCUACACAGCAACCUCAGCCUGGAACUGCGGCCACUGGAGUCUGGAGACAGCGGCAACUUCUCCGUCCUGCUGGUAGACAUGGUGGGUCGGGCCCAGUCCCAGACCCUGCAGCUCAAGGUGUAUGAUGCAGUGCCAAGGCCCACAGUGCAAGUGUUCAUCGCUGCAACAAGGGACACCCAGUCCCCUAGGACCUGCCAGGUCUUUCUCUCCUGCUGGGCCCCCAACAUCAGUGAUGUCACUUACAGCUGGCGACAAGAAGGGACCGUUGACGCUAGUCUGGAGCCACUUGGCCUGCUUGCAAGUGGACAGGUGCUAAGGAUUUCACUGGGGCCCGGAGACAGGAGUGUGGCCUAUUCCUGCAUUGUCUCCAACCCUGUCAGCUGGGCUUUGGCCACAGUCACCCCCUGGGAGAGCUGUCACCGUGACGCAGAGCCAGGGAAAACCUCCUACAAUGAUGUGCUGUUGCUGCUGUUGCUGCUGCCAGCCUCGCUGAUCCUGGUGCUGGCCGGUCUCCUCUCAGCCUGGCACUGUAGUCCCUGCUCAGGGAACAAGAAGCAGGAUGUCCAUGCCAAUGGUGUGGCUCCCGAGACAGAGAACCCACCUGUGUAGGGUCUGCCGUGAGAGAGGAUAUGAACGGACGUCUAGAUCAUCAGGAGCCCCGCUGCCCAGCCAACGUAAAGCUCUGGGACAUCGCUGGUCCCUGGAAAUCUCAGUGGUCCUCAGACCUCCUGUGAGACUCUCUCCUUGCCUCUGGGGAACAGCCAGCACAGCUGUCAUAGUGGGAGGACAGGAAGUACUGACCGAACCUUCCAUCACCUUCCCUCACUCCCUUUACUGUGCAUGUCGUGGCUCUACUCUGGGUAAGAGGAGCCUAACAGAAAUGUCCCUCAAAGAUGCUAGAAGUUGUCCAGACCCACCGGAACAUCGAUGCUCUCUGGCCAUUGUUUACGAAAUAGUAGCCAACUGGCACCAGAGGCCUGGCGCCAGCCUGGGUCCUGGGCUCUAAAAGGCCGUAGACAUUUGAACCUGCAGAUAAACUCUGCUUAUUUACUUCUAGCCUCAACUGCAGCCCCUGUAACUUGAGAUUAGGAUGUCUCCUGGUGACCUAGACAUUUUUAUAAGAUAAGGUGGAAGUGAGA